AUGGCAGGCCUCAGUGCCUAUAUGAUUCCAGGCCUCAGUGCCUACGAUACCAGGCCACAGUCUCUAUAUGAUGCCAGGCCACAGUGUCUACGAUGCCAGGCCUCAGUGCCUACGAUGCCAGGCCCCAGUGCCUAUAUGAUGCCGGGCCACCGAUUGCUCAUACAAUGA